ACUCCUGAUUCAUCUACCCUCUCCUCCUCACCCGCUCCGUCUCCUUCCGCUGUUUCCCACCCUCCUUCCCCCGCCACCUCGGGUGCUCCCUCUUCCCCUCCUCCCGCGCUAUCACCAUUGCCUGCGCCCUCCUCCCCCCCUUCUCCGGCAUCCGCACCUGCCGAUCCCCCUCCCGCCGCCCCACCCGUCACCUAUCAGCGUCGUCGCCAAGACCCAGACUUGAUUUCUCGUGUUUCCUCCCUUGGAACAGGCACCAUCACUGCCUCCCAUGGCGGCUUCUCUUCUCGCUCCCGUCGCCUCUCACCUCGUAGCAUCCUGCCGCCCGCCCAGUCGCACAUCCGUCGCAAACGCGGCUGAAUGGCGACGACUAGAGUCGAACGCGCGACGUCGCCUCGUCUUCUGCUCCGCGCAACCGCCCGCAAGCAACGGAGAAAGUGACAAGGAUGAAAGCGACAAUAGCCAAGAACGGCCGUCCGAAUCAGAACCCACCGUACCCCCUUCUCCCGCGUCAUUCGCGACGUCUUCCGCGGGCCGCGACGCGAUAAUGGCGGAGCUGGACCGCGCGCUGAACGGCGAGGAGUCGAAGGCGCUCUGGGAGGACCUCGAGUCGGCGGCGCUGCGCGUGUCCCGCGCGCGCGCGUCGUACGAGGAGAUGGAGGCGCGCGAGAAGGAGCUGCUCGCGCUCAAGGCGGAGCUGGAAGCCGCCGCGCUCAUGGAGGCGGAACUCGCGCAAGCGGACGCGCAGGUGGAGAAGCUCGAAGCUGAGGUGGCAGCAGCGGAGCAGGCAGCCAGGGCUGCCGGAGCAGCCCUCAUCGAGGCUCGGGCGGGCAGCGCCUUCCGAACCACCAGCACAGGCUCGGGAGGGCAAGCAGAAGGGAAAUGGGCGGCGAGCACCGGCUCGAUCGACGAGGACAAAGAGCGAGAGCAAUCAGCCAAGGCUGCUACAGUAGCAGCUGUAGCGGGCACUCUAGCAGGCCUCCCGUUCCUGCUGAGUCAGCGAGCGCAGGAGGAGGGAACGGGGUUAGGGUUUCUGGUGGCAGCAGCGGCACUAGCUGCAACUUGUGCUCUGUUCGGCGUGACCUACCGAUACAUCGUCCGGAAAGACGUGGGAAACAUUCAACUUAAAGCCGGAGCAGUCGGGGCCUUCGGGCUGGCUAGAGGUCUGGCUCAAGUGGACACCACGUUCUCACUCGUUGGUGCUGGUGCUGGGUCCGCAGGAGAUGGACUCACAGUGGUUACUGAUGGAAUUGCGAAUGGUGCUUUGGUGCCGGUGGCGCUAUCGCUGCUGGAGGCAGGGGAGGGGGUGCUGGUGCUGGCGCUGACUGCCACUGCGCUUGAGUACUGCCUGCAGACCGGGUUCCUCUCCACCUUCCCUGCUGAACCACCAUCCUCUUCUGGAGCAUCUCCGAAAUAAGAGCUCUUCCUCAAUGUAUAGUUAUGAUAUGUUCGUCUCAGUGCUGUUUGAUGCAUGUUGGUUAUGUAUGUCACUAAAGAGAAACUAGCUUCCUAAACUGCCUGGCUUGUGUCUUAUCCAAUAUGUACCAUUUUAUGGCCAUUGGGGUUGCUGUGUGAUCCAGUGGUGUGAUGGAUGCUGUAUUGGGCUGAGAAAAAGCCCUUAGGAUCUCUUCAGAGACUAAGUCCCAAC